GCCCAACAAACGCACACAGUCACUCACGCAGGGGCUAUGUUCUGGCUUCGGAGCCCAGGCGGCUGGUCUCGGCGGCAUCCAGGCUGCCCUGCUCCCGGGGUGCCCCUGAGCCCAGAAACCUGGGGGUCGUGGGAGGGAAGGGAGUGUCUGCUUUGCUCUCGAGGGAGCCCCCAGUGACUGCAGCAGGAUGGGCGGGCGGCCCUCGAGCCCCCUGGACAAGCGGCGGCAACAGCACCUGAGAGAAGCUUCCCCGAGUCCGUGAGCACCAAGGGCCUCUGACCCAGCUGUGGGGCCACCCGCCUCGGUGGCAGCCGAUCUUCUGUGUCCUGCGGGGGGAUGGCCGCCUGGAGUUGUUCAGCCAUAGGGAGUUAGGACACGGAAGCCGUGGUUUAGACCUGUCCCAAGUUGGUUCUCUGGAUGCCUUUCAUAGGAAUAUGAGAAUGGGGGCCAUCCCCUCAGCUCUGUGGCCUUGACAGGGUAUACUGUCCUGACUUCCCAGCGUGAAUAUCUCUGCCUGUUGGAUGCUCUCUGCCCAAUCCCCUCAGCGAAUGAACGAUUGAUUGUAGAGCGAGUGAGUGAAGGAUGACACAGCCUCCUCCGUCUGCUUCCAGGAGAGCAUACCCAGGAAGAGCCCGAACCCCUCCUGGAAAUGCCCGUGAACUUCCCCCUGUUCCUGCAACACCCCUUCCGCCGGCACCUCUGUUUCUCCGCGGCCACGGGGGAAGCGCGGCGGGCUUGGAGGCUGGCCCUCCAGGGUGGCAUCCGGCUCCGUGGGACAGUCUUGCAGCGCAGUCAGGCCCCCGCAGCCCGUGCCUUCCUGGACGCCUUAAGACUCUAUCGGCAGCGCCGAGGCCACUUCGGCGAGGACGACGUGACCCUGGGCUCGGAUGCCGAGGUGCUGACCGGGGUGCUGAUGCGGGAGCUGCUGCCGGCGCUGCGAGCCCAGACCCUGCCCGGCCUGCGGGGGGCCAGCCGCAACCGUGCCUGGGCCUGGACCGAGGUACACGCGGGUGGCCGCACAGGGGGAUAGGGGCCGGACCCUGGGGCCCGUCUUCCCCCUCCCCGCGACUGUCCCCUAAACUCUCUGCGCGUCUCUCUGGCUCUCCGUCUCUGUGUCUCUCUUCCCCCAUCCCGCCCCAUCUCGGCUCGCUGUCGCGCCUCUGGCCCGUGUGGGGUCCCCUUGGCCGGUCCGGGCAGCUCCUAGACGCAGUCCACGCUGCCGUCCUGGCCGGGGCCUCCGCCGGGCUCCGCGCCUUCCAGCCGGAAAAGGACGAACUGCUGGCGGCCCUGGAGAAGACCAUCCGCCCGGACGUGGACCAGAUUCUGCAGCUGCGGGCGCGCGUGGCGCGGAGGCUGCGGGUGGAGGUCGAGGGCCCCCUGGAGUCCUGCCUGCGCGGGAGGGUGGACACACAGCUGUCCCGGGUCACGCAAAAGCUGCUGAGCACCGUGGGAGCCGUGCUCUCAACAGUGCAGACCCUCCUAGCCCAGGGCAUGGACCGCCUGUCUCGCCACCUGCGUGGGAGCCCCUCUAGCACCCGCUUGCGCCAGGAGGUUUACUCGUUUGGGGAGAUGCCGUGGGACUCGGAGCUGAUGCACGCCUGCUACCGUGAGGCUGAGCGAAGCCAGAAGCGCCUGGGGCAGCUGGUGGCGCCAUUUGGCUUCUUUGGCACACGAAGCCUGGUAUUUGGGGCCCAGGAUCUCGCACAGCAGCUUAUGGCUGACGCCGUGGCCACCUUCCUACAGCUGGCGGACCAGUGUCUGACCACAGCCCUGGACUGCACCCAGGCUGCCCAGCAAUUGGAGAAAGUCAGGGGGCGUGUGCUGAAGAAGUUCCAGUCGGACAGCAGCUCAGCGCGGAGGAGGUUCAUCCGUGGAUGGUCACUUUGUAUCUUCUUGCCCUUUGUGUUGAGCCAGCUGAAGAGCAGCUGCAAAGUGGAGCUGCCUGAGUUCGAAGGGGAGGUCCUCGCCGUGGGUAGCCCGGCCCUGACCAUCGAGGGUAUCUAUGAAGACAUUGUCCGGGGGGUCCUGCUGCAGAGGAUUGAUGGAGAACUGAAAAAGGCCCUUGGUGUCAGCGACAUGUCCUGCGCUCUGGAUGGCUGCUCGGAGGCCCCAUGGGACCCGACAGGAGCAGACGAGGAAACUGAGGCUCAGAGAGGGACUUGUCCCAGACAACCAGGCUCUGGUGCCGAGGUCCAGCCGCUCUGCUCACAGCCUCCUCCAGGAACAUCCACAGCGGCGUCUCGACCGCAUCUCUCUUCGUUCCCAUCGGACAAAUAAGUCAAAGCAUCCACACCGUUUCAAGGCUUUUAUUUUUCUUUUAUUAUUAAAAAAAACUUUUUUUAAA